GGGAGGAUUGGGUGCAGGGUCAGAAGCUGGGGCAAUUAUUUGGAGGGGGUGAAUGAAGAGAACUGCCCCCCAGCUCCACGUAUGCAGGAAUCAAUAUGAUGGACCGUGCAGUCUUCAGGACCAUGAGUCCGUGGCAGUGGUGAUGGGGUAGUUUGACACCGCUGAGGUAUCUCAGCCCAAUUCUCCCCGAGGGAGGAGACAUCCGGUGGUGAGGUCAGGACUCCACAGAUGUCGGUAUCUGGGUCACGUUGGUGAAGACGAAAUCUCCCACGGCUUGGAAUUUCAGUUGCUUGGUAGCCGCUGGCCUUGGAAAGACGCAGCGGGAAGCCAGGAAGGUUGCUAUGGGGAUGCUCUGAGAGGAAGUAAGUCCUAGUAACAUCCUGCCGGGUGUGAGGAGGGAGGACACAGGUGAAAGGUACCAAUGGCUACAGAUUCUGGCGAGCCGGCCGGCACGGAAGAUCCGGAAAAACCUGAUGGAGUUUCUCUGGAGGGCAGGAUCCCGACCAUCGAAGCUGCUUUGAUCAUGGAACCCGCCGGCGCCCCGGCCUCUGGGGGCACCACGGAACGGAAGCGGUUCUUCCGCAAGAGCGUGGAGAUCAUGGAGGAGGACAGAACCACUGAGCCGUCUCCCAGGGAUGAGCGGGAGCAGCUGGCCGCGUGCGGUCGCCGAGUGGACCAGCUCUCUGCCAGCGUGCUGGGGCCAGAGGUCAGGAAUGAGCUGGGUUCCAAGGCGAUUUCGGAGGCCUCCAAGGAGAAGACCAAGAAGGAGAUUGAAGAGGAGGCAGAGAUGAAAGCGGUGGCCACCUCGCCCAGCGGCCGCUUCCUGAAAUUCGAUAUUGAGUUGGGCCGAGGGGCCUUUAAAACUGUCUUCAAAGGGCUCGACACAGAGACGUGGGUUGAGGUGGCCUGGUGUGAACUUCAGGACAGGAAGCUAACCAAAGCCGAGCAGCAGCGCUUUAAGGAAGAAGCAGAGAUGCUAAAAGGCCUACAGCAUCCGAACAUCGUCCGGUUUUACGAUUCCUGGGAGUCCACGGUGAAGGGGAAGAAAUGCAUCGUGUUGGUCACCGAGCUGAUGACGUCUGGCACCUUAAAGACGUACUUAAAGCGAUUCAAAGUCAUGAAGCCGAAGGUCCUGAGGAGCUGGUGCCGACAGAUCUUGAAAGGGCUGCAGUUCCUCCACACCCGGACCCCGCCCAUCAUCCACCGGGACUUGAAAUGCGACAACAUCUUUAUCACGGGCCCUACGGGUUCGGUGAAGAUCGGCGACCUGGGCCUGGCCACCUUGAUGCGCACGUCGUUCGCCAAGAGCGUCAUCGGCACCCCCGAGUUCAUGGCCCCGGAGAUGUAUGAAGAGCAUUACGACGAGUCGGUGGACGUUUAUGCUUUCGGGAUGUGCAUGCUGGAAAUGGCCACUUCCGAGUACCCCUACUCCGAGUGCCAGAACGCCGCCCAGAUCUAUCGCAAAGUCACCAGCGGCAUUAAACCCGCCAGUUUCAACAAGGUGACCGACCCGGAGGUGAAAGAGAUCAUCGAGGGGUGCAUCCGGCAGAACAAAGCCGAAAGGUUGUCCAUCAAAGACCUUUUGAACCACGCCUUCUUCGCGGAGGACACGGGGCUGCGGGUGGAGCUGGCGGAGGACGACGACGGGCUGAGCUCUUCUCUGGCCUUGAGGCUGUGGGUGGAAGACCCCAAGAAGCUGAAGGGGAAGCACAAGGACAACGAAGCCAUCGAGUUCAGUUUCAACCUGGAGUCGGACGUCCCCGAGGAAGUGGCGUGCGAGAUGGUGAAAUCCGGAUUCUUCCACGAAAGCGACUCCAAAGCUGUGGCCAAGUCCAUCCGGGACCGCGUGGCCCUGAUCAAGAAGACCCGAGAGCGGCGGCAAGCCAGCUGCCUGGAGGAACAGAGGGAGGCGCAGUGCAAGGCAGCCGGCGGGGCCCUGCUGCCCCAGGGCGUCUCGCUGACCGGCCCGGCCCAGCCGGCGGGCGCCGAGUGGGAGGAGACGGAGGUGGACCAGCACGUCCGGCAGCUGCUGCUGCAGCAGACUCAGCACCAGUCUUCCUUGGCGGCUGAGAGCCUGUCGGAGAAGAGCGCCGGGUCGGUGAUUCUGUCAGAGGCCCCCAGACAGCACAGUCUGGCCUACUCGGAGCAGGCGAUGGGUGGCCCCCCGCAGCCCUCCAUCCUCCCACCGGUGGAAGCCGGCCUUCAGGGACAUCUGUACCCGUCGCAGCCGCUGAUGGGACACUACCAGCAGAUUGCUGGGCAGGUGCAGCAGCAGAACCUGGGCCACCCACAGAUCUUACCCCCAGCUCUACCCACCCACAGCUUAGCUCCGCCGGCAGCUCCCCAGCCGCAGGCCUCGCCUGGCGCGGUCCCGCAGCUCACGCAGAUAAUGCACCUCGAGUCACAGCUGCCAUAUGGGGCCGAGGGGCAGGCGCUGGAGCCGUCGGUCAUGGCGGUGCCCCAGGCCAUCCUGGCAGCUGCCUCUCCCCAGGCCAUGCCGGGGGCCAGCGUCCAGCUGGACUCCACCACCAGGACCGGGAGUCAGACGGCCACCACCGCUGCAUCUGAGGUCGACCCGGCGUCUGGCUUCCUGACCCUCGGUCACAGCCUGGCACCACAGAACCAGCCCUCGGCCCAGUUUGUUGGGAAUAUGCAGGGGAUGGCCCAGCUCCUGCCUGCUUCCUUGGCUGGGCAGCCAGGGGCACCCAUGCAGCAGCCGCAGCAGGUGGCAUCGAUGCAGCAGCUCCCGCAGGUUCCUGCCAGGCAGCAGCCCCAGCAAAUUCCUCAGCAAACUGUACCCACACAGCAGAUUCCAGCAAUGCAGCAGGUUCCUGGCAUGCAGCAGUCCCAGCAGGUGGUGUCCAUGCAGCAGCCGCAGCAAAUUCCUCAACAGACUGCACCGAUGCAACAGGUUCCUGCCAUGCAGCAGCCGCAGCAGGUUCCUGCCAUGCAGCAGGUUCCUGCCGUACAGCAACCGCAGCAGGUUGCAUCGAUGCAGCAACCCCAGCCAGUUGCGCCCAUGCAGCAGCCCCAGCAGGUUCCCACCAUGCAACAGCCGCAGCAGGUGGUGCCCAUGCAGCAGCCGCAGCAAAUUCCUCAACAGACUGUGCCCAUGCAGCAGGUUCCUGCCAUGCAGCAGCCGCAGCAGGUUGCAUCGAUGCAUCAGGUUCCUGCCAUGCAGCAGCUGCAGCAGGUUGCACCGAUGCAGCAACCCCAGCCGCUUGCGCCCAUGCAACAGCCCCAGCAGAUUCCCGCCAUGCAACAGCCGCAGCAGGUGGUGCCCAUGCAGCAGCCGCAGCAAAUUCCUCAACAGACUGUGCCCAUACAGCAGGUUCCUGCCAUGCAGCAGCUGCAGCAGGUUGCAUCGAUGCAGCAACCCCAGCAGGUUCCCGCCAUGCAGCCGCCCCAGCAGUAUGCCGUAAUUCAGCCAGACGCCUUACUGCAGCCUUCCCUGGCCCAGCCAGUGCAGCCCAUGCAGCUGCAGCCGCCGCCGGGUUACCCGCCCCCGCCGCCGCAGUUUGUGCUGCAUGGGGGCGCCCUGGAGCAGACGCAGGGGCUGCUGGCGCAGGAGCCGGAGCAGCAGGUGGAACGCGUGUGUCCUGUCCCGGCCCCGGAGCAGCUGGCUUACCCGCUGCAGGCCCCAUACCAGCUGCAGCCAGCGUACCCCCUGCAGGCGCCUCACGCUGGCCAGCCCCCCUUCCCAGCCCAGCCGGCAGAGCCGGUGGUGUACCCGGGGCAGCCUGCGUACCGGGUGGAGCCGGUGGCGUUUCUGAGCCAGCUGGCGGAGCUGCAGCAGCCAGGCUUCGCGCCGUCGCCCGGGGCGCUGAGCCAGGAGGCUGGCACUGAGCCGAUGCCCCCGGCGCUCUCCCAGCAGGACGGCAGUGGCUUGGGGCCCGCCCUGGCACAAGGGCCGAGCGAAGGACAACAAGCAGCGCUGCCGGCGGUCCCAUUCCUCCCGCCGCAGCCCUCGGCUUUCGCGCCUCCCCCGAUGCAGCCGCUACCCCAGCCGGCUCCUCUCCAGCCACAGCCGCUCCUGGCCGCGGUCCCCACCUUGCUCCAGCCCCUGUCGGCCAGGCCGGAGCAGCUGCAGCCGCCCUCCUCGGAACAAGCCUCUGGAGCGCAGCAGCCAGCGGUGCAGAUCCCCGAGCAGCCGGCCUACGUCCUGUUAGCGGCAGAGUCGGGGGCGUGGCAGAGUCCGGUGGCCAGCCCUCUGCUCACCGCCUGCCCGCAGCCCGCCCUGAGCCCCCAGCCGCACCCACAGCCGGGGCCGGGGCCGGAGCAGGUUUCCCAGCCUGCCUCGGUGCCGGAGCCCCAGAUAGCUGCUUCAAAGCCAGACUUCCCACAAGGGCUGAAUCCCGAGCUGGCCGCUCUGAAGGAAAGCGCCAGCGCACACGAGCCCGCGAGCGGCAACGGCAAACAGGACAGAAGUAAACAGAGGCGGGCGUCCUGCCCCCGGCCGGACAAAGGGACCAAGUUCCAGCUCACCGUCCUGCAGGUGUCCACGGCCGGGGAUAACAUGGUCGAGUGCCAGCUGGAGACCCACAACAACAAGAUGGUCACCUUCAAGUUCGAUGCCGAUGGAGACGCGCCCGAGGAUAUUGCUGAUUACAUGGUGGAAGAUAACUUUGUGCUGGAGAGCGAGAAGGAGAAGUUUGUGGAGGAGCUGAGAGCCAUCGUGUGCCAAGCUCAGGAGAUCCUCCGAAGCCUGCCGGUGGAAGAGCGAGCAUCUGGCAACGAUUCCGUUCCCUCCGAGUCCAACAGCAGCCAAACAGGGUCGUCCGAGCAAGUUCAGAUAAACCCUGCCUCCGCUCAGACCGGCAACGAGUGCGCUCCUCAGUCCUCUCCGGUCGGCCGCUGGCGAUUCUGCAUCAAUCAGACCAUAAGGAACAGAGAGGGGCAGACGCCGGCUGCUACCGGGCCAGACAAGGAGGACGCUAAGGAGACGUGCCCCCAGGGUGGACCACUGGCUGCUGAGACCCAGGGUCCCAACGCCAGCCCAAAGGACAGCGCGGCACCGGAGUGCCCCGGCUCGACACCUGAGCGGCUGGCGGAAGGAGACGCAGAGAAGCCAGCGCCUCUCUCUGCCAAUGACAGCUGGGCCGGGCCGGAGCCGGGAGAGCCCCCUGCCCCACAGCCUGGCGACCGCCCUGUCGGCUUGGCGGUGGCCCCCGCUGGCGAGCCGCCCCUCCUGACUCAGGUCCCGGCGUCCGAGCACCAGUCCCAGCAGCCUCUGCAAGAAGGCGACGCCUCUCCGAGCACCAAGGCCGGGCAGGCGCAGACGCCCGGCUCGGAACCGGCCCCGCUGCCCCCCUCGGUGCCAGAAUCUGACGGCGAGGGGCCGCCCAAGAUGGAUUUUGUCGACAACCGAAUCAAAACCCUGGACGAGAAGCUAAGGACGCUGCUCUACCAAGAGCACAGCUACUCCGAGAGCCAGAAGGACACGCAGAGCACGGAGUCCCCGCUCUCCUCGGCCGAGGAUACGCUGUCCUGUGCCGGGCCAGAAGCGCCAGCCGCCGGCCCCCCCCUGGGAGCGCCAGGGAGCCCGGCGGAGUCCCAGGGGACCGACACCUCCGAGGGGUCUCCGCUGCCCCCCCCCGAGCCUGCCAGCCAGCCCACUGGCUCGCCAGCGCUGAGACAGGACCCCGACGUCAUCACGGUCGCCCCCAGGGAACUCUGUCUGCAUGAGCCGUCCCCGGAGCCUCCCUCCCCGCCGAGCCCCGAGGCCUGUCCCGCCGCGCUGGCCAGCGCCGGAGCCCUUCACCUGCAGACAGGAGCGGAGGCAGAGGAGACGAGGACGGAGGGGCCCGGGGAGAACGAAGCCAGUGGGAGAUGGAGAUCGGCUUCGGUGUCCUAUCAGCGAGGCCGCUUCCAGGUCACCGCCGUGCCGCAGCAGCCAGCUCCGCACGUGGCAGAGGCCGGGCCUGACGCUGCCAGGCCGGAGGAGCCUCGGGCGGACGAUCCAGGCACCCCCCCGCCAGGAGAGUCGCUGCUAUGGGCCAGCCCGGCCUGCGAGACGGAGCGGGAGCCGGAGCCGGAGGAGCUGUCGGCCACGGGGAGCAGCACGGAGCCGUGGGCCGAGGGGCCCGUCCGCAGGCAGCCCAGCUCCGACAGCGAGCCGGGCCCCGAGGAGUCGGGGGAGACCCUGGGCUCCGGCAGGGAGCGGCGCCCCCCGGCGGCCGAGGACCGCGCCUGCCACGGGGCCAGGCGCCGCAGCUCCCUCUUCCUCUCGGCCUCCUCGCCCAUGAGCAGCGACGACGAGUCCGAGCUCGAGGACGAGGACCUGAAGGUGGAGCUGCAGCGGCUGCGGGAGAAACACGUCCAGGAGGUGGUGACGCUCCAGGCCCAGCAGAGCCGGGAGCUGCAGGAGCUGUACACACGCCUGCACGCCCUCAAAGACAGCAAGCCCGAGCUGGCGGAGCUGGCCCUGCAGCCCGCCUCCCCCCGCCGGCCUCGCUCCUUCAAAAGCAAACUGCGCGGCCGGCCCCAGGUCCUGACGCACGCCGAGAACUGUAUCGUCGCUACCGAGUGCUGCUGCACGACCACCGCCGCCUCCAUGAUUGACUAUCAGCUGAGCAUCCAGGCCCGCCUGCUGCAUCAGAGCUGCGCCCCGGGGGAGCCCAGCCCAGAGCAGCUGUGCGUCGGCGGCGGCGCUGCCUCCUGCCAGCAGGCCCCGGCCAGCAAGAAGGGGAUGUUCACCGACGACCUGCACAAGCUGGUGGACGACUGGACUAAGGAGGCGGUCGGGAACGCCCUCCUGAAACCCAGCCUGAACCAGAUCAAACAGAGCCAGCACCGGCUGGACGGGGACAGCUGGAGCAAAGCCUGCGAGAACACGUCAGCGUCCGUCGGCUACAGCUCCACCUGGAUCUCCUCCCUCUCCCAGAUCCGCGGGACUGUGCCGGCCUCCUUGCCCCCCGGACUGGCCCUGCCGGCUUUCCCCAGCGUCCUGCCGCCCUACGGAGUGCCCCACGUCUGCCAGUACAAUGCCAUGGCAGGGGCGGCUUACCCAAUGCAGUGGGUGGGCGUUUCGGGGAUGGCUCAGCAGUCAGUGGUCGUCCCCUCCCCGCCCGUCGGACCCUUCCAGCCAGGGGGCAGCAUGCUGGGAUUCCCGGCCUCCCCGGUCCCUAACCCAGCUACCAUCCCGCCUGGUCCCAAAUGAAGCCGGAGCAGGGAGCUGGAGGCAGAGCUCCCCCGUCGUGGCCUGCAAAGCGUGUGGAGACGCCCAGUCUGCCAGCGGAGGCGAUUUGCUCGGGCGCGGUUCCUAUCCUCCCGGAAUACUUGAUUUGAUUUGAAUUUUUUAACCAGCUUUGGAGAGCUCGGCUCCUGCGUCUCAUGCCCCCGAGAUGUGAUGGCUUCGAAAAGAAACCUCCAUUUCCCCCCUCUGGCGGAGAAGCUGCCUGCCUGCGUCUUUUCAGUGGCAGACGGGAUGGUGGGGAGCAGUUUCCGAUUUGGUUCUUAAGUUAGUUGAUGGAAAAAGUGCUCCUAGAACUCACGGCGGUUUGAGCCGCGGCCGGGAAGUUUUGAUCAGUGCAGCUCGCUUCUGCCGAGUUCUGAAGAGCUUCCGAGCCUGAGCCAGGAGGCUUGGGGAGCGAGAAAGGGUUUCCUUGAUCUCAUCGAUACUGUCGCUGGGUCAGGAAUUCAGGGCAGCUCUGUGCAAAGCAGCCGCGAUUUCCUCGUUCCUCACACGCACACUGAUUUGGGCAGCUGAGCGAUGCUUGCGGAGUUGUGUGUUUCCUGUUGAAACGAGUUCUGGUUUGGUGAUUUUUGCAGAGUGGAGGGAGUUGCUGGGAGGGGGCUAUUUUAAAUCUCUUCCGAUCUCAGUCACCCAUGUGGGACACAGAUUUGGAGGUGCAAAAUUAGACAUGGCAACAGGGCGGUGUGCACCUCGGUGCUGUAGAGAAUUUGGGAGCAAAUGCAGAGAAUUGGGCCCUACCCAACCCCUGUGCUUUUGCAGCCGCCCUCGUUUGGAAAAGCCUGCCCUUCGGAAGCACCGGCUUCCAAUGUUUUUCUGCCUAAGGCACAUUUGAAAAUACUGCCUCAAGUCUCAUUUUCGAAGGGGACUUUUCCAGAUUUUCAAAGGUUGAAACAGUUCAGCGGCUUAACUCAUUGAUUUCAAUCAAAUUUAACUGCCUAACUUGCUUUGUGACUGUGCCGGUAGCCGGCUGUUUGCAUCUCUGCACUCCUAAAUACCUUUGAAAAUCAGCUCCUACGUCUCCUUUGAAAAUGGCACUUCUGAAAAUGUCAUCCCGCGUCAUCCUGGCUUUGCUCUAAUAGCUCAUAUCUGACCCCUUUUGGGCUCUGAAACCUUAAGCCCAGCAACCUGAACAACAUCGGGGUCCCGCACACACUCGACUUCACUUCAUGAUUUGGAGAACGUUCGAAACCGCUCCCCUUCAGUGGGUCUGUUUCCUUUUACUGUUCUUUCCCUUUGCAGCCUGCCUCCGAGGCCUGGGGUUGUAGACUAGCACGUCCCGAUUGCAGCCCUGCCGUGGCUAUGCUAGGAGGGAGCUUUCACAGUAAGAGACUAGUUGAGGCUAAUGUGAAGUGCAGCACAUCCUGUUUCUCCCAGCUUGGCUUCAAUUCCUUGUCGUCUUUGCGAGGAUUUUAGCACGUGGGGUUGGGUUAGGUUUGUGGUAGGAACAGGGACUUGCCAAAAUGCAUCCCAGCUCCCCUCGGCGUUGCUGUCUCGUGGCCUUUCUGCAUCCUGAGUUUCAAACAGACAUUUCUUUGCCAGGUGGCUUUCGAGUCCGUUGGAUCUUCCAAGGCUGGGCCCUUUGUCAGAUAGGAACUUUUCUAGGUGUGCCAAAUGCUUCUGCUCCACCCUGAACCCCCCCCUUAGAGCAGCAUUAGAAGCGGUGCAAACGCAGCCCCAUUCGAUGCCGCCCCCCACCCCGUCUGCCUGCAGCCACUUGCAUUGCCUUAGCUCUGCGUCUCCUAGGGUUUGGGUCAGCGGUUUCCUGGGAGGGGCCGCGCAUCCGAGGGGGACUUGACACCAGGUUUUAUAGCGAACACACACGUGCAGAAAACACACCCACACGCAGAAAGCGAGUGGAGUGUGUGAAGACCCGAGAUCAGCGUUUCUCGUCUCACUGGGUUUUUUAAGAGGUUUCAGUUGUUUCUAGGCUGGUUGUGUUCACGCCGUUAAAAACCAGGCUCAGACGGUGCAGGCACUUGGACUACGAAGUCUGGUUUCGUUUUCCCCUUGGAGGAGAAGGGGAGGUGCUUGGCCUUGGUUUUCUUCCUUUCCCCACAGCACAGAUCUGCGAAACAGCCAUUGGUUUUCCAUUGGGAGGGGAAAUCAAGGGCUUCUCUGCCCUUUAAGGCUGCAACAGGAGGGAUUUUCCAUAGACCCAGGCCUAAGACUCUGAAUUAGCUCUGGGAAAUCCGAGCUAAUGAGAAAACCAGACAGAAAUCCGAGCGCUAUGCAGGUAGAGUGAAAGCACAGCUUAGCGUGCGCCUGGUGGUACUUGCGCCUGUUCCCUGGGAGGAAGAGGAGAACCGUGUCUCCAGGAGGGGUGGGACUGGGCUCGUAUCUGUAACUGACACAGCUAGAGUGGUAUAAAAUCAGGUGUGGAAGAUGCUUUUGGCUUUGACCCUGCUAAUUUCUGAGUGCUCUGGCCCUGAUCCAGCAAAGCACAGGUUGAAGUGUGUGAGUAAUCAGGGACAGGGACAGUUAAUUGGGAAGACAAACCCUUAGUGACAGUGGGAAUCUAGCUUUGACUCGGGAAGGUUUUAAACAGCAGCAGGGGAGGGUGUCCCAGAUCAGGCCCGACAGCAGAAAUGCCUGCAGUUAGAGCGGGAAAACGCCUGUGUCUGUAUGGCCCAGUCCCUUGUGUCUGUUUCCUUGGAAGACUGCAGUCCCGCCAGACGUAUCCUCCCUGUCAUGAAGCGUCUGAGCAGCACGCUAGGCGUUGACGCUGUGACUCUGAUACCAAACCGCGCCCCCACCCCCCAAAAGAGUCGGUGGCAGCGCUCGGUCUGUAUUUAACGGUUCCUAUCUUUGUUUGCUGUAACGUAACGAGGAGCUCUCCGGGUCUCACGGGGCAUUUUUAGUUUCUAUCCAGCAUGAAGGAUUUGAAGGUGAUAAACAAAUGUGAUUUUUUUUUAAGACACUUUUUUUAUUUUCCUGCUGUGACUCUUUCAGGUGGAAGUGUACCGGGGUCGUCCUCCACUGUAACGAAUGUAUCAUUUUAAUACAGGCUGGUUUGGGAGACAGUCUGCUGAACCUGGCGCUUUUUACGUUUGCUCUUGGGUUUAUCUACCUCAUUAUUUUUUUUAGUGCCGUUUGAAUCCAGCCUCCAAUUUCCCGCUGUUGCUUGAUUUCCACCCCUUGUGUUAUGGAUUCAAAGUGACAGUUGAUCUUCCGUUUUCUAAGUUAAUUAUUUGUGUAUUCGCUCUCUUGAGUGGCUAAUCCCCCCCUUGAAUUCAGCUGGAUGAACGAAACUAUGAUUUAGACCAGUGGUCUCCAACCUUUUCAUCUGGUGGGCGCCAGACGAAGGACUGUGGCGGCAGUGCAGCACCUGCCGAAAUGCCGCCGAAUUUCUGCAGCGUUUUGGCGGCAUUUCGGCGGAUGCUCCACCGCCGGCCAGGACGUGGGCGCAUUUAGAUGCCCCCGCGGGCGCCAUGGCACCCGCGGGCACCACGUUGGGGACCCCUGAUUUAGACAGUGCACAGUUGACCUGGGAUCUUUGGUGAAGCAUGUGAAAGCUGGAGCGCCGAUCUGCCUUUCAGUAGCAACAAUUUUGAAAGCUUGUUUUGUCGACAGAAGCAUCCCUCAUUAAUUAUUUGUGUCCUCAAUUAAGCCAUCACAAUAAGCCAAGCCGCUGGCAUUGUUCCGCGGGGCGUGAUUCUCAACGUCCCUUUAAGGUGUUUUAUUUAAAAGUCGUUAAAAUGAUGCAUUCUGGGCUGUUUCGUUUCUGAAACCCAGCAGUCAGUCUGUCCUUCAUUUUACACGUUCCUACUCUGUAAAGGUGAAAUGUUUGGUGAAAACUAUGUUAACCUGAAAUACAUUUGGAUUUUUGUUUUUUAAUAUUUUGUUUCUUUUUAGUGGUUAUAAAUCUCCAA